ACGUUAUGGUAAUAGUCUAUGGUUUUAGUUUAUGGUCGAAUUUGGAUUUGGAACUUGUUUAAUAAAAGAUGGCUACCAAUAAUGUGGUCUUAUAAUUUACUAACCUUUAAAAUAACAAAUAUGGUGUCAGAAGUAUAAAAUAAUAAGUGUGAAAUACAAAAAUGGGUGAGUCAAGUAAAAUUUCACCAAAUGCGGCAAAUUCGCCGGCAUCACAAUGUCCACAACACAAGCAGGGACAUGCUUACUCAUACAUACGACCAUUAGAAUUCACGGAUUCUAUGGAAGAGAAUUGGAAAUUGUGGGUCCAAAAAUUUAAAAUAUUUCUUCUUGCCGAGGACCUUGAAGCUGUUUCCGAUGACCGUAAAACAGCUCUGCUGCUCCAUAACAUGGGUGACAAGGGUGUAGAAAUAUACAAUUCGUUUAAUUUGGAGCCAAAGCAAACCUUUGAAGAAGUCCUAAAGAAAUUUAAUGCAUAUUUCAUUCCUAAAGUUAACAUCACGAUGCAACGCCACAAAUUUUUUACAAGGGCACAAGGAGCUACAGAGUCCUUCGACGAUUUCCUUACUGACCUUCAGAACAGAAGUAUGACAUGCAACUUCAGUGACAAGAGAGAGGAACUCGUGAGAGACGUUAUCGUUAUAGGUCUAGCUAAUACCGCUAUGAAGGAGAGGCUUCUGCGCACGGAGGAUCUGACGCUGCAGAAGACCAUCACCAUGUGCAGAGCUGCGGAAUUGUCUCAAAAGCAAGUUACGGAACUAACGAAUGAGAUAGCUGCCACCUCCGUGCUCAACGUCAGCACUGCGCCAGUACAUAACGUCAACAAUGUCAAUACUUCAAAAACAAGAAGCGUCAAGACAAGAAAAUGCUAUCGCUGCGGCAAUAACUGGGAUCGCACGCAUCAAUGCCCAGCUAUAGGUUGCAAGUGCCAGAAGUGUGGUAUUCCUAAUCAUUUUGCGAAGGUUUGCAGAAACAAACAGGUUGCAGCCAUAACAGAGAAGCAGGUUGAAGACGACAGCGAGGAGUCCUUCUUCGUUGGCUGUAUCAACAGUGAGUGUGAAUGCGAAUGAAAAUGCAAUUCCCAGAGCCGAUCCACCUCGUCGGGUCCCUAUAGCACUAAGACAGAGCCUUAAGGACGAGUUGGACAAUAUGGUGAGACAGCAAAUAAUCACCAAAAAUGAGGAUCCGAUGGAGUGGGUCAACUCAUCUGUUGUAACAAAAAAGAAGAACAAUAAAAUACGCGUAUGUAUUGACCCUCGGUAUUUAAAUAAAUUCAUUAUCAGAAAACACAAGCAAUUGCCAACGGUUGAUGACAUACUAGAUAAGUUAUCAGGCUCUAAGUAUUUUUCUAAAUUUGACUGUAGCAGUGGGUUUUGGACAGUACAACUUGACUCAGAAAGUUCAAAGUUAUGCACAUUUUCUACUCCAUUUGGUAACUACUCCUAUAAACGAUUGCCAUUUGGACUUUCUGUGUCAACAGAAGCGUUUCAGGAACGCAUGGAAGAGACUUUUAGUGAUAUUGAUAAUGUACAAUUUUAUGUCGAUGAUUUAAUAAUUUAUGCCAGCACGGUGGAAGAACAUAAUAAAGUGUUACUAAAUGUAUUGAAAAGAGCUCAAGAAUGUAAUGUCAAAUUCAAUAGGGAGAAGUCCCAAGUUCUGUGUAGAGAAAUUUCAUUUCUUGGCAUGAUUGUAAGUGACCAAGGGGUUAAACCUGAUCCAAUUAAAGUAAUGGCCAUUUCCGAAUUAAAAUGCAUUCAUGAUAAGAAAGAACUUGAACGAUUUUUAGGAAUGACAAAUUACUUGUCAAAAUUUAUCAACAAUUACUCGACUAUUACAAGCCCGUUGCGCGAGCUUCUUAAAAAAGACAUAUUAUUUAAAUGGCUUCCUUCUCAUGAAAAUGCUUUUAAUAAACUUAAGGAGGCAUUAACAAACGCUCCCACGCUUAAAUUAUUUGACAGUAAUAAAGAUGUUGUCGUUUCGGUAGAUUGCAGCUCGGAAGGAGUAGGCGCUUGUCUUUUACAAGACAGACAGCCUAUUGCAUACGCUUCUAAGGCACUAACUGAAUGUCAGAAAGGUUAUGCCCAGGUUGAACGCGAGAUGUUUGCUAUUGUAUUUGGAUGCAUCAAAUUCCAUAAGUAUAUUUUAGGAAAACAUACCCUAGUUGAAACCGAUCAUUCGGCAUUAGAAAUUUUAUUUAAAAGACCCCUGUCUUUAGUACCUGCAAGACUACAAAGAAUGAUGCUUAAAAUACAAGGGUAUGACAUUACUGUUAAGUAUGUACCUGGAAAACAAAUGUAUAUAUCAGAUUUUCUCAGUCGCUCUUUCCUAGUUGACAAGAAUGAUGAAACGAAGGAAUUUGAUGAAGAAUUCAACAAAGAAAUUGUUUGUCAUGUUGAGGUCAUGAUAGAUUCGUUGCCUAUUUCAAGUGACAAGCGACAACUCAUUGCCAUGAAAACGAACGAGGAUGCCACAUUGUCCUGUUUAAAAGACUAUAUACAUAAUGGUUGGCCAAAUUCUAAGAAUAACCUAAAUGAAUUAGUAAAACCUUUCUGGAAUUUUCGCAAUGAGUUGUCCCUAGUCGACCAGAUAAUUUUAAGAAAUAAUCUUAUUGUGAUUCCAGUAGCAUUACAAAAAAUGAUGCUAGAAAUUAUUCAUGAAGGUCACUUAGGAUUAAAUACAUGUCUUCGGAGAGCUAAAAACGUUCUAUUUUGGCCUGGAUUGACAAGUCAAAUUAAAGAACUCUGCAACAACUGUCAAACAUGUGCCUUAUUUAGGAAAAAUAAUACUA